AGCAGUUUAGUUUCUGUUUAACAACAAUUGAGAAAGCAACACUACAGAAGAAGAAAACAAAAAUUCAGAAAUAUUUCAUCCAAUCAACCAACCACCCAAACCAAUUAAUUGAAAGAUAUAUAAGAAAAUUGAAAAAUAUAAAUUUUUCGUGUGUCCAAAUCAAUGUAUAAAAAGUUGUGUUAAAAAUUUCAUGUGAAUGAAUUCGAAAUGUUUGUCGUUUCGUAAGCCCGUAGCAACAAACACUAAACAAAUGUUAUAUUAACUCAAGCCUCCCAGAAAAAUCGAUUCGCUUUGCCAGAGAGAACACAAAAGCAGAAAACAUGAAUUGUUGAAACAAAUUUUUGUAAAAAAAAUUUUGUUUCAAGUACCUUAAAAGAUCGAUUGAAAGCUGCAAAAACAAUAAUCACCAUCAUCAUUGUAUAAUUUCGAAAGAAGUUGCAUUUUUGCGUAACAUUUGUGAUAAAUACAAAUUAAUUUAAUAAUUUGUUAAUUUAAAUAAAAUAUUUAAAAUAAGUUUUUUACACAACAAACAAACAAGUACAAAUUAGUUAAAAGCCUACUAGACUAAUAAGACACUUUUGUACUGAUUAUCAUCCUUCGUAUCCACACAACGGCAAAACAAUAAAAAAGAACUCUGCACCAAUGGCACAGAUUUGAUAAAAAAAACUUCACAACUCAACGACCUAAAAGUGCAAUAAAUAUUAACCAAGUGACAUUCCCACCCGCGUAUCAAAAUGGCUGUCAAAAUGUACUAGGCCAGCCCUCACAAUGUCUGUCCCUGUACGCUACUCUGCUGCCGCCAAUUACGCCGUCGCUGAUAGUGGUCUAAACAAUCAAGAAGAGCAAUAUCAUCAAUACUCUGAAGAGGAUUUGUAUAACCACCAUUUCAAUAGCCAAUUGAAUAACAACAUCAUCUACGGCUAUAACAGCGUUUUGGAGGAGCAGCAGCAGUUGAUGCAGCAGAACACAUCAAUGUCUGUGACGGUGAAGCCUCAAGACCUGGUUGUAGUAGGAGCAGCCAAUUCAGCAGCAGCAAUGGCUACAAAUGCCUAUCGCAUGGAUCAAGAGCAGGCCACAACAUCUGCCAAGGCACGAGAGUUGUUGAUGGUCGGCUCCGGAGGGUCUAUGGAUCUGAUGCCCUCCACAUCGGCGAUGGCGGCGGCGGCAGCAGCUGAAUCUGCAAAUACUGCAGCCAAUGAUGGCAGCAGCCACACUGCAGAGAUGCGAACUGAGUGGAUGAGGAUGUCUGACGAGGGCCGGUAUGGAACACCGGGUGCUGCUGGCUUGGAUUAUCAGAAAUUUGAGCUGGAUCAACAAACACCUACCGCCAACAAUCAUAUGGACCAAACCAUGGAGCCUUCGUUAACGGACAAUGAGAAGAAGAAUUUGAAUAAUAACAAUUUGGAAGACGAAUUAAUAUCUCUAACAUCUGAGGAGCUUUACAAUACUCUCAAAGAAUAUGAUGCAUUACAAGAUAAAUAUCACACAGUUCUACUGUUGCCGAAAGAGUCAAGGCGUGAAGUUACAGCCGGUGGUCGUGAUGGCUCCGCUUAUGUUUUACGUUGCCUUAAAAUUUGGUAUGAGCUCCCCUCCGAUGUUUUAUUCUCAGCCAUGAGCUUGGUGGAUCGUUUCUUGGAUCGCAUGGCUGUCAAGCCAAAACAUAUGGCCUGUAUGAGUGUUGCCUCAUUCCAUUUGGCCAUUAAACAAUUGAAUUUAAAGCCUAUACCCGCCGAAGAUUUGGUUACAAUAUCACAGUGUGGCUGUACCGCUGGAGAUUUGGAACGCAUGGCUGGCGUAAUUGGCAAUAAACUGGGCGUACAAAUGGGUCAUGCACCCAUUACAUCGGUCAGCUAUUUGCGCAUUUACUAUGCUUUGUUCCGUAAUCUGGCCAAGGAAAUUGGCGGACAAUUCUUUGAAUUCUAUCAGCAAUUGAUUAAGUUGGAAGAAUUGGAGAAUCGCUUGGAAAUUCUAUUGUGUGAUGUGAAGACAACCGUGAUAACACCAUCCACAUUAGCUCUGGUAUUGAUAUGCCUGCAUUUAGAUUUCCACAUUAAGGAAUCAUAUACUCGUGGCAGCCCCGAAUUAAAGCUUGUCUUUGAAUAUAUACUCUUCUUGCAACAAUAUAUGAGGAUUCCCGAUCGUGUUUUCUCCUGCGGCUUUAGUAUUGUUUCGGGCAUUUUGUCCCAUUAUAAUGGACAAAAUAAGCAGCCCUACAAGCAACGUUUGGUUUGGAGACUGUCCAGCCGUACGUUGCGUGUUUUGCGCCCAACUAAUCGAUUUUCAACAGACCUGCCCACCAUUGAUGAAGGCAUUUCUAAUGUCGUAGACGAUGGAUGCCGAUCGAGAACCGAAAGUGUUAGUUCUGAGGAAGAGGAGGACUGGCCAACUUCACCCAUAAUUCCAAUAUUCGAGCAAUGUUAGUACGAUACAAGAAGCCGGAUCAAUUAAAUUAACAUAGCAUAACAGUAUCGAAUGCUAGGCUACAAACAUAUUUUUUAAUUUUCUUAAAUUAUGCCCAAAUCAACCGUAAUUUAGUGCUAAACAAACACAAAAAGUAUGGUGAAAUUCAAAAUUCGUCAACACUGAAGAAAGUAUCAAUAUUAUCGAGCGAGGAAGAAGAUGUAUAACAAAGCCGUCGCCAUCAAUGAGAAACAAAAAUUUUGAUACGAUAAUUGUGUUGGUGGUGGUGUUAGAGAAGCAAGUGACUGCACCCCAACUCGAAGCACUAAAUGCGGGUGUUCUUUUUGGAUGAACAACUGUUAAAGAAACAACAAAAACAUAUCCUGCUAAAAGAAAAACCAUUCGUAAUGUGAUGAUGAUUUUGUUUUUAUUUCGUACUGAAGCAAGAAUACUAUGGAAAACUAUACCUACUAUAUACUGCAGCAAUCAACAGCUAGCUAGCAGCGGCAGCAUAUGAACAGGAGAUGAGUGUAUAUUUUUGUGUAGCAACCUUAAGAAAUGCAUCAUAAUUUAAACAUAUUUUCCGUUUCUGUUCCACAAAAGAAGAAGAAGGAAAAAAAAAAACAAAAACUUUUUUUGUAUGUAAAGAAUCCUCCUAAAAAACAACUAUAAAUUUGAAAGGAAAUCGCGCAAGAAAAGCUGAAAACAUCAACAACAAAACCAUGAUAUACAUAUUAAGAUGAAUAGAAGAUACCAUAAAUAAGUUUAAAUAUCCAAAUUUUAUUACUUACAAUAGCAACAAGAUGGAAAAAAAAGAAAAAAUCACAAAAGAAAAGAAAAUCUACAAAAAAAACUAUAAAACAAAUCUAAAAAAGAAAAAUGAAAGCGGACCAUCAUUACCAGGAUUGAUGUAGUUCCGGACCUUUUUGAAUCAGUUGUUUAACAAUAACAAUAACAACAUCAAACAAAAAAAUCUAAACUGAUAACAGCUCAAAGCCAAGAGUUUGUAUGAGGUUCCUGUAGGCCAUCGCCACGGUUCCAGUGCCAGAUGAAAAGCAUGAAAAAUGACGCGCGCCAAGGGCGAGAACAAACUCUUGUGCAUUGAAUCAACAAAUGCUGGGCGUUUUUGUUAUUCCAUUAAGGUCGUGUCUCUGUUGUGUUGGAUGGAUGGAUAGAAUAUUGAGAAUAAGUAUCCCCCACCUCAUUCCAACGUUCAAACAAAAAACACUCUCUUCUUGAAUAAUUUGGGUUCGCGCUCAACAUAAAAUAUUAUACUAUAUUAAUUUAACAUAUACAAAAGAAGGAAAAAACCAAACAAAAAAAAUCAAUUAAAUUUCUUAGCCUACAAUUAAGUGGAUAAAAGUAUAGUAUGGAAAUCCUCCCCCUAUAUAUAUACAUAUGUGUGAAAGAACAAAAAAAAGUAAACCCAAAAACAAACAAAAAAACUAUAAAAAAUGAAAGAAAAAAACAUAAAAACUCAAUUUUAAACUACAACUAUCCAUUAAAAAAAAAAACAACAAACAAACAAAAAAAAAAGAACGAAAAUAACAUAACUUUAUUAAUUGAACAACAACAACAACAAUAAGUUACUCUGCGUGUUUCAAUGUUAAUUUCCAAAACCCCAACUUAAAACAAAACAAAAUAUUUCAAAUUACGUCCUCUUUUUGUUAUAAAAAAAAACUCCAUAGAAAUAUAUGUAUUUGACUUAGCAGUUAUCUCUCUACUCUUUCCCAUUCAGUAUAAAUGUUUUAGAAAAUACCGUAAUUACCCUUAAUUGACCUUAUCUUUUUCUUUUUUGUUGUCUCCAAAUAUAUUUUGAAAAUGUUAAAAAAAUAUCUACCAAACUAAA